AUUUAAAGCCAUCUGAAACCCGUUUCUCAACGGAGGUACUCGCAGACAAGAAGAACGAAAUGGCGUCGACGCCGAUGGCGCCGCCGAACCCGGCGGCGGGAAACCCUAACUUCGACGGGAAUCCGCCGGCGGUCCCAACUCCGCCGGGAACAGACAUGACGGGCAUCUGUUUCAGAGAUCAGCUAUGGUUAAACUCCUACCCUCUGGAUCGAAACCUCGUGUUUGAUUACUUUGCUUUGUCUCCUUUCUACGAUUGGACCUGCAAUAACGAACAGCUUCGUCUACGAUCAAUUCAUCCUCUCGACACCUCGCAUCUGUCGAAAAUGACUGGUACCGAAUACAUGCUGAAUGAAGUUAUGGAGCCCCACCUCUUUGUCAUCCGGAAGCAAAAGAGAGAUGGCCCUGAGAAAGUUACACCAAUGCUUACUUAUUAUAUUUUGGAUGGUUCAAUCUACCAAGCUCCACAACUCUGCAAUGUCUUUACAGCUCGAAUUGGCCGGGCUCUGUAUCAUAUAUCAAAGGCUUUUACUACUGCUGCCUCAAAGCUGGAGAAGAUUGGAUAUGUGGAUGCUGAAAAUGAAAAUCCGGCACUUGAAUCAAAGGUUGGUAAAGAGACAAUCGACUUUAAGGAAGUCAUGCGAGUGGACCAGAUUCUUGCAUCUUUACAGCGCAAGCUACCUCCAGCCCCUCCACCACCACAAUUCCCAGAAGGCUAUGCUCCCCCUCCAACAGCGGAAGGAGAGAAAGGCCCCGAAACCCAGCAAGCAGCCGAGCCACAGCUUCCGGCUCUUGAUCCCAUCAUCGACCAAGGCCCAUCUAAAAGAAUGAAAUUUUGAUCCCCGUCUCAUCCGAGAUCAUCCACAUUGCUCUAACCGAAUUCUCUGCUAAUUUCUCACUUCCAUCAUAACUCAUUUUCCCGGGUUUGUGUACUUAUCUAGUUCAGAAUGUAGUUUUCAUCUGAACCAAACAGAAGGAGAUUGGUAGGAAAAAAUGUACUUAAUUUCUCGGCUCUGCUCUAUUUUGUCAUGAACUCGUUAAUUUCAAUGCACAGAGACUGUCCAUUCGGUGGAAAAA